AAAGAACAAUAAGGAUUUUCGUUAUUCAUUUUUGUCUUAUCAAAAUUAUAGGUUUUUGUGUGCUUGCAGCUUAUUAGUUUUGAAAAAAAGCGAUAACAAAAUGCAGUCGGAACUGACACUAGAUGCUGUUGCAUCUUCCUCCCGCCCAGAAGAAAGUACUGCUUCUACACACGCGAUUAUGCAGAAUUAUUUGCAAGAUGUGGAGAGUGGUGCCAUACGAAGUACCCUCGCUCCUGAGGUUAUUUUAAAUGUGUUUGGAAGAAGCGUAAAGGGCGCUAGUUCCGUAACUGGAUUCAUGAGAACGCAGAUCACGAAUCGGUAUAAGCAUGUCGGAUUCGAUGAGGCAACAAACUGCCACCAGGAUGUGGCAGCGGAAAUGAACUCCAGAUUUGGACGUGCUCUACACACAGUGAGGCGCCUGCGUGAGCAAAAGGCAAGGGAAAAAAUGCCUUCUUCCCUACGCCUACGCGCCGACAGUGACGAGGAAGAUCUAUCUAUAAUCGAGCUGAGCAGUCGAUUGGCCACACCGCCGCGCAACGAGUCCCUGAACUAUGUUGAGGGAAUUGGCCGGCUAGAAGCGACGCAUAGUAACGACGAUGGUGGCAUCGAUAUAGGUGACUCGCAGCCCACGCGUCUCACGCUGGGACAUCGUGCCUCGCCAAGGUCCACUACACAUGAAAUCUGUCUGGUUGUGUACGAGAAAGUGCCACCAGGGUCGCCGGUCACUGGUACUAGGACAAGUACAUCGGCUGGACCUGCAGCUGCGCGACGUCAACGCCCAUGGCCUGUGGGAAAUGAACAUACGGACGACGAAAGCGUAGAAGCACCGGAGACCCUAAUAAGACGGCAACCCCGCUCCAGUGUACGGCGAACAUUGUUUACGAGCACAGACCUAGAUCAGCACAACCAACCGUUAUCUGCAGAACCGUCUGUAUCGUUAUCAUCACCUCUACCAAUUCUACCGCCAGUCGAUCCAUUGGCUAUACCUCCACCUCCUGCGCCAAGGCCGGGGCUAGGGCUGACGCCUAGGAAGCGACCACAUAACGAGAACUCACCGAAACGGGAUCCGAAGCGCCCCAGCGGACGUGGAGGCAUGAGAUUUUAAACCACAUACAAGUCCAAAGUUACAAAUUACGUAGAACUAUUAAUUUAGAAUAACCAAAUUUAGAUAUUAUUUGAAGCAGUACCUCAUCUGAUUUAGUCGGUAAUGCUACACAAAUAUGUAAGACUGAUUAGGCCUUACGUAUGUAUGUAUUUUUACAUACGUUUUCCAAAUUACACACAUGUGUAGUACAUAUACACCUAAUUCUGUUUUUACGCGGUCUUUUUUACACGGUUUUCAUUUAACACGGUUUGAAAACUAAAAAUUUUAUAUAUGGUUGCACGACUUUAUUCCA